AUGUUAUGAGUAAGCGAGCCAGUACCUAGCCUGGAGUACUACCGUGCUAUAUUACCCCUCCAUUACUUAACUGUUCACGCGGUGUAGGCGACUGACUCAGCACUGUAUACCCCGGGGCCAUCAUCCAAUAGCAGAAAAACUACCGGAUAUCUAUUGGACAUUUCAGUCGUUGUUUUUAUCCGUAAAGAAAAAAAGAUAAAGAGUAUACAGCCUUCUUUAUUAUUAAACAAAAAAUUAUCAGUUGUGUCUGCUCAUAUUACAAGCCUACCUGUCGUCUGGUUUUUGACUAAAUGGCGGACAUUAAUGCAUCAUGCAGACGAUGUGUUUCGAUUCGCAAAAGGCCCAUUUUGGUGGCAAUUAUUGGAAUUUUAUACUUUAAUUUGUUUGUGGAGUUGACCAGAGCUACCCAGAACGACGUUCAGCAGAUGUCUGAAGGAGCUAACUAUUUGAUGAAGUAUGGAUAUAUUUCCGCCGACGACGAGCGAUCUGGGUCGCUCCGAUCUCCUGACUCCAUUAAACAGGCCGUGCGGCAGUUCCAGAGGUUCGCAGGACUUCCCAUGACGGGGAUCCUGGACAAGGCAACAGUUGAAAUGAUGGGCAAGCCUCGUUGUGGUGUCAAAGACAAUGUAGGAAACGCCAACAGAGCGCGCAGGCGCCGCUAUGCUUUACAUGGAAGUAAAUGGUCAGAGAAAGAUCUCACGUUCCGGAUUUCUAAAUAUAGCGACAAAAUAUCGAAAGAGGAAGUGGAUAGAGAUCUCCAACGCGCAUUUGACGAAUGGGCCAAAGUCACGCCCCUGACGUUUACCAAGGUAACGGGUAAAGCUGACAUCGACGUAAGAUUUGAGAAAAGAUGGCAUGGAGACAAUAACCCUUUUGACGGAAGGGGUCAAACUUUGGCGCAUGCGUAUUUCCCACGGUAUGGUGGUGACGCCCACUUUGAUGAUGAUGAGAGAUGGACAGUCAAUAUUCGUAGUGGUGUGAACUUCUUUCAAGUAGCUGUUCAUGAAAUCGGCCACUCCCUAGGCUUGGCCCACUCGGACGACUACAAGGCUUUAAUGGCGCCCUUCUAUAAGGGCUACACACCGAAUUUCCGGCUGGACAACGAUGACGUGGAGGCAAUACAGACGCUGUAUGGGACACCUGCAUUAAGACGGAAACCCAAACCCAAGCCGACUAAACAGGUCAUUGUAGCCAAACCAACCAAAGGAACAGUCUCAAAAAUCCCGGAGAUCUGUCGAGAUCCAUCCAUCGACGCUAUUACCCGAACCAAAGACGGCAACACAUACGUAUUCAAAGGAAAUUAUCACUACAGGCUGAAUAAUGCCGGUAUAGAUAAGGGUUACCCCCGACCUAUCUCCUGGGACUGGAAGGGUGUGGACGGACCGGUAGACGCCGUACUCACAUGGGAGAACGGAUACACCUACAUAUUCAAGGGUACGAAAUAUUGGAAAUUCUUCAAUACGAGACGCAUUUAUGGACCCAACAAGAUAAAGGACGGUUUUAGAGGUGUUCCCGAUAACGUGGAAGCUGCCAUGGUUUGGGGAGGGAACGGCAAGACCUAUUUUUUCAAAGGAGGUCAGUACUGGAGAUACUCCGGGAGGAAGGUGGACUUUGGUUACCCCAGACCCACAACCCACUGGAGGGGACUGCCCAAAAAAGUCACAGCGGCAUUUAGGUGGAAAAAUGGAAGGACCUAUUUCUUUAGCGACAGAAAAUAUUAUCGCUUCAAUGAUCAGCUGUUUAUGACGGAUACGUCAUACCCCAGAGAGGUAGCAACAUGGUGGCUAGGCUGCCCAGACCAAGGUACUAACGCGGACAUCAAAGACCCGUAUGUCCGACUGGAGACCAAUCGUCCGGACGAACAGUGGAUCAUGAUAGAUGACACGAACGUCAGUCCUCCCCAGCCACAAACCAAUCAGUCAAGCCGUCUGUUUGAUCCACUGUCAUCUGUCUAUACCAUUGUUAUAUGUUUUGUACUUUUCCAUUUAAAUCGAAGGCGAUUUCCUUGAUGAAUUGCAAAGAAUAGUGGCUUUCUGCCUUCUUUGAGGAGAGAAAAACACAUCAUGUGAAUGCUGGGGUCUGUUUAAGACAGAAGAAAAGAAGUUGAUUCUUCUGUAAGAGAUAGAUUCGCCCUGACUUGGAGACGACCGGGGGACCGAGACUGAGUACAUUCCCUUGGAGCUUUUCCGUGGGGAAAGUCCUAUACUUAAGGCAUCUGAUUCCGUCCAAGUUAUAACUGAACACGCUGUGAUAACAAUAUAGUGCUGAACUCACACUUCCUUAAACUCAUUUAUAGAUGCAUGUUACCGAGCUGUUAUUCCAAUAUUAAAUGUUAUCAAUUUAGUAAAAAAAAAAACAAUGAUCAAUUUAUCAUUCCAUUACCGGUAUUUUGAAAGAAAAGAGAGAAUUAUAAUAGAAUUAUAACAAUUACACUGCAAUAGAAAUGAUUGCUUUGUAUGUGGGAUGGAUGGUUGAGUUUGAAGUUGAAUACGCAGAAUGUGUUUCAAUAUUUUAAGUUCUUCAUGUGCAACAUGAAGGUGAAGAUGUAUUCUAGUCAGUGACAAGAAUGGAAUCAAGAUUUUCCAUUUCUAUUUACUAUUACUGCAGUGAUGAACAACUCGGUACUACGUUUAGCAAUAUUUAAACACACUCACCGUGUGAGUGUGGAGAUGUGAGAAGGGUGUGUCUGAGAGUGCGUGUGUUGAUUGCAGGUUGAGAUUUUUUGUAUUAAUUUAUAUCAAUGUUUGUAUAUAACAAUUUUUAUACAUGUAUGUAAUAAAAAUGUACAACUAAAA